AUGCCUGGAACUGACAAGAUUCAUAAGCGCCAUGCCUACGGCAAAGAUGCCCAUACCUACUACCCGGUGCUCAUCGUUGGUGCUGGUGAAUCGGGAGUAGCAAUGGGCUGCAGGCUCAAGGCGGUCCUAGGAACAGAUCAAUUUCGGAUUUUUGAACGACAGUCAGGAAUUGGAGGCACUUGGUGGAUUAACCGGUAUCCGGGUGUCGCGUGUGAUAUCCCGGCGGCUUUAUACUCGUUUUCCUUUUCUCCCAAGCUGGAUUGGUCGACGGUACACCCUUCUGGUGCAGAACUUGUGCAGUACUUCGCAGAUGUAUGCGAGAAGUAUCAGAUCGUUGACAAAAUUCAAUUCCACACCGAUGUGAAGCAGCUCCGAUGGGUGGAAGAGGAUGAAGAAUGGGAAGUCAUUCUUUCCCACCUGGUUCCUGGAACCGGAGAUCUUUCUCAGUAUGAACGUGACCAGCUCGCUGCCAAAGAAGGCCAACACCGUGUGUAUAUUAAAACGGAGAUGGUGCGAGCUAAAGUUGUUGUGAGUGGAGUGGGAGGACUCGUUGAACCCAAGACAUGGCCAAAUGGCAUCCCUGGUAUUGAGGAGUUUCAGGGAGAGAUUACACACACUGCUAGGUGGAACGGUGAUAUCGACUUUCGGGACAAGGAUGUGGUUGUGGUCGGCUCGGGCUGCAGUGCAGCACAAGUCAUUCCUGAGCUGGUGAAAGACGGCGAGGUGCGCUCUAUCACACAGCUGAUGCGAACACCUCCUUGGGUCCAACCAGAUCUUCUAUCAUCCAGUGAACUCGCCCAGUGGGAAAAGUGGGGACCGACCUUGAUGACCAAUGUCCCUGGCCUUGCACGCCUCGCACGCUACGCUGUAUUCUGGGGCUGCGAGCGCAACUGGUAUUCCAUGUUAAGUAAUAAUAUCUAUGGUCGCUGGCAGAAAAAUCAGGUUGAGAAAAGAUUCCUUGACAAUAUGCGCGCCUACGCGCCAAAUGAGUAUCAUGAAAUUCUUGCGCCGAACUAUAGCCUCGGAUGCAAGCGUCGCAUUAUCAACAAUGAUUGGUAUAAAAGUUUAAAUGAGCCAAACGUUGAGCUCACAACACAGCCAUUGAGUCGCGUCAAGGCGAAAAGUGUUAUCCUAGCACCUGGGAAUCAUUAUCCAACCGCCACGACCAAGACAAUCGACGAACCCCGGGAGAUACCGGCAGAUGUGAUUAUCCUAGGAAAUGGUUUCGAGACCAACCAGUGGCUGCAUCCAUUGAAGGUCGUUGGUAAGGCGGAGAAGGACAUGCAAGAUUACUGGAACGAGCGCGGGGGUGCGCAGGCAUAUCUUGGAAUUGCCAUGGAUCAUUUCCCCAACUUCUUCAUGCUCUUUGGCCCAAACACAGCAACAGGCCAUACCAGUGUAAUAUUCGCCACUGAAAAUGCGGUCAAUUACUCAUUGAAAUUCAUCAAGCCCAUUUUGGACGGACGGGUCAGCUCAUAUGAAGUCAAGGAGGCAGUGGCACGAUCGUGGGGACAGCAGGUGCAGGAUGGACUGCAGAAAACGGUCUUCCGGCGCGGUUUGUGCUCAAGUUGGUAUAUCACUGCAGAUGGUUGGAACUCCAGUACUUAUCCAUACACCCAACUUCACUACUGGUACCGAUGUACUUUCCCUGUAUGGAAUGAUUGGACUGCCAUACCAACGCGGAAAGGUGUGAUUCUUCGGCGAGUUCACAAGGCUUUUAGAUCUUCUGUAAUUCUUGGACUUCUCGGUGGACUCGUUUGGUUACGCCAAAAGCCACAGUAUCAACACCAAUUGGUGCAGACUCUCCUGGCAGGCAAGGACUGGAUUCUAUCAGGGAGUAUGAUGGCUUCUGAAUCGCCUCAGAUGGAUAUGACACCCCCGAGUGCGGAUCCCGGUGAUCAGGCCACAAGUCCGGCUACAGAUUCAGCCAAGAGAAAGGCGGAACAGGGCAACGGAACUCAGACGCGCGCAAAGCGGAAUCGCUACAUUUCUAUCGCAUGCGCCGCAAGAUCAAAUGCAAUGGACAAGUCCCGUGUCAACGAUGUGGACAUCUUAAUCUGGAAUGCCGAUAUGCGCCAAAUUGCUGCAACAACAACUUCAAAGACUCGGACGACGCUGCAAGAUCAGGUCAAUAAUCUUUUUAGCAACCUCAACGAACUUCGGUCUCAGAAACCCAGUUUUGAGAGUCCUUCAUUUGAUCACCUGUCCCGUGAUGGAUCCUCCCACUCAGCGUUCACUCCGCUGCCUGGUGGAAUGCCGAAGGUUCGAUCUAGGCAUCCGCGCUUCCACGGGCCAACGAGCUCAGCAUUCAACUUUGACGUUGCCAAAACAAGUCUUCAAAGUAUGGGUAUCACGCCGGCAGAGGAUGUGAUAGCUGACGACUUGACCACGGCACAUGUUACGCCGGCCGGUUCGCCGCCUCCGAUGGGCCCUCUUGUUUCCACUAUUCAUCCGACCAAGGAUCCUCUCUGGACCGUUCGCCGUGAGGAGACUAUACGUCUAUGUAGAGUCUAUGAAGAAGAGAUUGGGAUCAUGUAUCCCGUGGUCGACAUCACUACAGUCAUCAACCAGGCAAACCUACUCUACACAUUUAUGGAAGCCGCCACACGCACUGGUUUUGCGCAACGGGGUUUCCCUGGAGCCGACAGUCUUAAUGAUGAAAGUUCAAUUCUUCUGAAGCUUAUAAUCGCGACCACACUCGUUGUGGAAGGAGGUGGGAAAAGCGACCUCGGCAAACGGCUAUAUCUGAGUGUGAAGCCUGUGGUUGAAUCUAAGCUAUGGGAGCCGAAUGACAUCAAGAACAUUCAGCUCUUCGCUAUAGUGGCUACUUAUCAUUUUCAUACCGAUGACGACGCUAUGGCCUACCGACUGAUUGGCUUGGCUGCGCGCAUGUGCUUGGAGAUGGGUUUCCACCGUCGAGACGCUUUGUUGAAAUCAUUCCCCAACGAAGAUCAAUGGAACGAAAUUACUCGCAUAUUUUGGUCAGUCUACAGUUUGGACCGACGGUGGAGCUUGGGUACUGGGCUGCCAUUUGUGAUCCAGGACGAGGACAUUGACCCGAACCUACCAGAGCCGGACUCAUCACUGCCCUAUUUGCGGUGUAUGAUUUCAUAUAAUCGAAUCAGCUCCAAGAUUUGGUAUUCUGGUUUAGGCUCAGAAGGAACGACAGAUAUUCGACGCGAUGAGAUCGGUUAUCUGGACUAUCAGGUUUUACAGUGGUAUAAGCAGGUACCGGAUGAACUGAAAUUCUACCCUGUGGAGUCUCCCAAGAACGGAGAAGCUGCAAGCCGUGGCAUGAGGCGACUUCGGAUUCUACUGUAUCUGCGAAUGAACCAGCUCCGCAUCCUGAUCUACCGUCCAGUGCUUCACUCUGCGGCAAGUAUCGCUGAGGAUCGGGGCCAUGCUCAGACUGUGGUUGAUAUUGCAAAGGACACUGUUCGUGUCCUGACACGACUGAACCAGAUGUCUGAUAUUUACCGUACCCAGCAGAUCACCUUUAACUACUUCCUUGUCGCUGCACUAGCGGUACUAUUCCUUGCUGUGUGUCAUGCACCUGCCGAGUUCAACCGGCAAGUCCGGGACGAAUUCUACAUGGCUUUGGAUUUGAUCAACGGGUUCAGUACCAAAUCAUUUGUAUCCAAACGACUAUGGAAGACCAUUAGAGGCCUUCGCAUGAUUGGAGAGAAACUAGGAGUCUUGGCCCGUCCCUUUGGCACUAAUUCUAAUGAUCCCCACUCUACCGCAGCUGUGGCCAUGGCAGGCCUUGCUGGACAUUCGAUCGAUGAUCUCUCUGCCUAUGGGCCAAUGAAUGGGAUAGAUGAGCUCGGGAAUAGCCCGUUGAAUGGUGUACAGAUGAGCCACGAGCUGACAAAUCUGUUUGAAGCUGUUGGUUCAUUUGGCAGCUACCUACCUGGAUCGAGUGGUCCUGAGGGUAUCAAUGGGUUUGUUGGUGCAGAUGGAGAGAUACAGAAUACCGGCGAAGGGCUUUCGGGGAUUUUGGGAGGCGAGGAAGAGUUUUCUCGUAUCCUCCGUGACUUAUUUUGA